AUGACGACGUACUCUACAUCAUUAGUGGCCACAACCGCCAGAUUUCCUCCAACAUUCAACUGCUACGGCCAGUGGAAAUGGAAGCAGCUAUACUUCCUUGGACCAGAGUCAGAUGAGAAAAUGUUUACCGUCUCCUUCGACACUGAGGCUUUCUCCAAGAAGCAAUCGCUUUUCCUCCACAGUGGCCCCAGCGACAAAGGACCGGUCAUUGCCACAGUGAGAAGAAAGACCAUGAGAUCGCAUCACCAGGCCACUAUUACUUUGCAAGGAGGAGAUGGAAAGGAGCAAGAAAUCCCCUUCGAGAGACCGGAGGAUGUGAGUCGGACCAGGGGUGAAGUGCGCGCUUUUCGCAUCGAACUGCGCAAGGGAGUAAUAGAAGAAUUCCAGUGGAGGACUUCACAUAGGGAUGAGAUCAAGAAACUUGCCGGCCAUUCACACGGGUGGAAGCUGGUGCGAAUGGAGACCCCUCAGGCUGGCCAGAAAUCGUUUGGCUACUUGAGCGACGGCAAAGAAGUUGUUGCUGUUCUGGCUCACAGCACAUCGUGGAGCAUGACUAAGACCUAUAAGUUUGGAUUCUUGGGCACAGGGUUGACAAGAACGCUCGGCAAGGACUGGGAGACAGCGGCUUGCGGCAAGCGCAGCGUCAGCUGGAGCAACUGCGGCUGUUGUCAGCUGAAGUGGACGGGCUACUUCUCCGAAGCCUAUGCAUAUAUAGUUUUGAACCUGAAGGCAAUUAUGGGCAAUGGGCCAAACUGGUUGGAGUCUAUCUCCACGUGGAUGAAUGCCAAGAUCCACUGA